GGUAACGGGAUUGAACGACUUCCGUCGUCGUCUUCUUAUCUUUGGCCCUGAACUCUGAAACCUCAAACCAGUAAUCAGAAAAACAAAUCCAGCUUCUCAGUAGCUUAACAUUGCUCUGUUUUCCCCCCAAUAUGCAGUUGCUACAAUCGCCAGCCAUGCGGCCGCUCUACCUCUCUUAUUGUUUCUCUUCUUCUCGCUACCUUGCCACCAUAACCUUUUCUUCUUCUUCUUCCAAUCUUCUCCCUAGACCAAUCCUCCCCACUUUCCGAACCAAUCACGGAUUCAACUCCACUCCAUCAAGAUCCCGUCUUUCGAUUCGGAAUUGCAGUUCCAUCUCCGCAAAGCCGUCUUCCGAGCUCCGGCGGAAAAAGGGUUCCCCAGAUAGCUCCGAAUCAGAUGACACGAAGCUCCGAGCUCUUCGCCAGCUGUUCUCCAAACCUGCGAUUGGAAUCGACGCUUACGUUAUCCCUUCUCAGGAUGCUCACCAGAGUGAAUUCAUUGCCGAGUGUUAUAUGCGGAGAGGGUUUAUCUCUGGGUUCACUGGAAGUGCGGGAACUGCUGUGGUUACUAAGGACAAAGCCGCUCUUUGGACUGAUGGCCGUUACUUUCUCCAGGCUGAGAAGCAGCUGAAUUCUAGUUGGACUCUGAUGCGGGCGGGGAAUGUUGGAGUUCCAACAGCUAGUGAAUGGUUGAAUGAUGUCUUGGCUCCUGGAGCCAAAGUUGCCAUUGAUCCUUUCCUUUUCUCUUUUGAUGCUGCUGAGGAACUGAAGGAUGACAUAGCUAAGAAGAAUCACGAGUUGGUUUACUUGUACGAUGUGAACCUCGUAGAUGAGAUAUGGAAGUAUUCGAGACCAGAUCCUCCAAAUGCACCUAUCAGGGUACAUGAACUGAAAUAUGCAGGCGUUGAUGUAGCAUCUAAGCUAUCGUCCCUUAGAUCUCAGCUUGCUGGAGCUGGUUGUUCGGCCAUUGUUGUUUCGAUGCUUGAUGAAAUUGCUUGGCUCCUGAACUUGCGAGGCGGUGAUGUUCCCCAUUCGCCUGUUAUGUAUGCAUAUUUAGUGGUCACGAUGGAUGAUUCCAAAUUAUUUGUUGAUAGUUCUAAAGUCACUCCACAAGUCUUGAUUCACUUGAAGAAUGCAGGUGUCGAAUUGAGGCCAUAUGGCUCCAUUCUUUCCGAGAUUGAAAGUUUGGCUUUCAAAGGUACUGAACUAUGGUUGGAUCCAUCUUCUAUUAAUGCUGCCAUAGUGAAUACCUACAAGGCUGCUUGUGAAAAACACCUAGAAGGCCUUGGAAGCGAAGGUACCGGCAAGAGUAAAAAUCGUGAAGUAUCUAAUGGCUCCAGUGGUCAAUCUUGGGGACCAUCCGGAGUUUAUAGGGCAUCCCCUAUCUCUUUGGCAAAGGCAGUGAAAAAUGCCAGCGAGUUAGAAGGCAUGCGAAAUGCUCACCUGAGAGAUGCAGCUGCCUUAGCACAGUUUUGGGCCUGGCUGGAGGAUGUAAUUCACGAGGGUGCAAAGCUAACCGAAGUGGACGUUUCUGAUAAACUUCUCGAAUUUCGAAAAAAACAGGAUGGAUUCAUCGACACUAGCUUUGAUACAAUAAGUGGUUCUGGUGCAAACGGUGCAAUCAUACACUAUACACCUGAACCUGAGAAUUGCAGCAUUGUGGAUCCGAAGAAACUCUUUCUAUUAGACAGUGGAGCUCAAUACAUCGAUGGAACAACAGACAUAACAAGGACAGUGCAUUUUGGUGAACCAACUGCACAUGAAAAGGAAUGCUUCACCAGGGUUUUACAGGGCCAUAUAGCUCUGGAUGAAGCAGUAUUCCCUGGCACUACUGUUGGCUUUGUACUAGAUGCAUUUGCCCGUUCCUUUCUGUGGAAAAUUGGCCUUGAUUACCGCCACGGAACCGGGCAUGGCGUGGGAGCUGCUCUGAACGUUCACGAAGGCCCUCAAAGUAUCAGCUUCCGACAUGGGAACACGACUCCCUUGCAGAAAGGCAUGAUAGUCAGCAACGAGCCUGGAUACUACGAAGAUCAUGCUUUUGGCAUCCGGAUCGAGAAUCUCCUUCAUGUGAAAGAGGCAAACACUCCAUACCGUUUCGGGGGAAUAAGCUACCUGGCUUUUGAGAAACUCACAUUCGUCCCCAUUCAGAACAAAAUGGUGGAAGUAUCGUUACUAUCUGAUGCAGAGAUUAAUUGGCUCAAUGAUUACCAUGCACAAGUCUGGGAGAAGGUCUCCCCUCUGGUUGAAGGUUCUGCUUCACAAUGGCUUUGGGAUAACACCAGACCGCUCGUCCGGCAGUGAUUGUGUUCCUCCGCUUCUGAUUUUCCCGUGUAUAGAAGGAGAACCUUCAUGGUCAUUAUCUAGUUUUUGUUGUAUUGUUCUCCAAUAUACACUAUAAUAAUCUGUAUGCUUUCGAAACUAUCAUUUGAAACCGCGUAUUCUCGGAAUCAGUGUAUUAUAUCAGAUAAUAAAGGGUAAAUGCUUGAUCAUGUCAUGUUUAGUCACUAGAAAAUAUUAAUAUCAAUUUUGGUCACUCGAAUUAGUAGCGGACGUAGAAAUUUUACAAAUUUUAUAAAGGGUAAUAAAAAAUCUAUAAAUAAAUAAUUAAAUUUAUUUCAAAAAAAUUUAAUUCAUUAAGUACAUUGCUUCUUCGUCUUUCAAAGCGAAUCACCACAUGUUUUCAUAUUUUAAAUAGAUUUUUAUGAUACAUUCAUCACUUAUGUUGGUUGUUGCGACUUUUGCAUUUUUGACCAAAUAAUAUCAUUCAUAAAUUGAUCCCAUCCAAGUUCAGAAAUCAUUCUUGACCAAUUUCAUCCCUGAGUAGAGAGUUUAAUUCUCCUUUUUUAAGUUGGAAGUAAUUUUAUUCUUGAGGAGAAGGAGAUUUAAUUAAAGUUUAACGAGACUUGGUUCGGCAAGGUAAUUAGGUUUCGGAGUUAAUUAGACUCAUUAUAUAUUUGAUUUAUAUUCUCAUAAUAACAAUUGGACAGUGGUGUACAGAGACUCGGAGAUUCUAUUUGAUAUUUUUUUUUUACAAUAAGAACUUCUUUUAUUCCAACCCAAUCAAGGAAACCAGAUUACACCAAUACAACAAUAGAGCUAAGAUGUUGCAUAAUAACACCCAAUCCAUUGGUAAAGUGUUCCUCCUAGCUUGAUCGGCUACCCAAUCUGUAAUCGCAUUAAGACAUCUAGGCACAAACUGAACAUGGAUCCAGGGAGCUGAUUGGAUGACUAAGACCAUACGUGCAAUAGUCGCACGACACUGCCAAGACCAGAGGAAAGGAUUUUGUCGCAGUGCAAGUGUGAGACUUUGGCAGUCAGAUCGGAUGCAUGUGGGGAUCGGAUCUUGCGUUAGGGUUUGGCAAACGCUUCGAUAAACCCAAACCGAAUCGAAACCGAAAUAAUGCUAUUCGGUUCGGAAUUCGGACGGGAAAUAUGGAUAUUUCGGAAACCAAGGUUCUUUCAACCGAAUCGAUAUUUCGAAUUUCCGACCGAAAAACCGAAAUACUAUAAUUGCAACCUCCAAAUGGUGGAUUUUUAUGUUUGUAGUUGUUUUUAGGUUUAAUACACUUGUAUAUCCAAAACUUUCACGGUUGUGCCAAUAAUAUCCAAAUUUUCCGAAAUACCAUUUAUAUCCAUGUUUUAAAGUUGUUCUUUGCCAAAUCUAUCCAUUUCCAAAUAUAUUUUUUGUUAAAUACACUUGUAUAUCCAAAAACACCGUUAAAGAAUGUGAAGGAAUUGGAUAUAAGUGGUAUUUCGGAAAAUUUGGAUAUUAUUGGCACAACCGUGAAAGUUUUGGAUAUACUAGUGUAUUUAACCUUGUUUUUAUACUUAAAUAUUUGAAAUGUUUUAUGAAUUAUGUGUUGAAAAGUUUGAUUUUAUCAUAGAUGAUGCAUAUAAUUGCAUAUUUAUUGUUUUUAUUAGGGGUGAAAAAUAAUUUAAAAGGGAGAAGAUACAAGUAGCCUCACAAAUUCAGUUUUGUGUUAAAAACCAAACCGAACCGAAUUAUAAUUCGGUUUGAAUUAGGUUCGAAUUCGGUUUGAGGUUUGGGAGAAUUCGGGGAUCCGGUAUUCAUAAUUUCGGUUCGGUCAAAACUGAACCGACCGAAUGCCCACCCCUAUCUUGCGCUGCGAUCAAGAUAGCAUUAAGUAAACCAAAGGCUUCCACUUGAAUCGGGUAGGAACAAAGGAACGUCUCAACC